AUGACGAAUAUCACCCCUCGCAGGCUUGCCUGCCCGAACGAUAACACCGACCGACGUCGCAACACAACUCCUCAACGAUUCCUCCGUGGCAGUCGACUCAAGUCUCGCCCUUUCUACACUACAGUCUUUCUUCUAUCAGUCUUAACCGCAUAUUCUUUCUUGUCGCACACAACCUUUGCGCGGUCUGGCUUCAGCCACGCCGACGAUCCUCAUAACCUGUUCAAACGACGCUCCUCCGCCGAUACCCCCGAGUGCAACCAAGUUCAUGACGCUCAAGACAAAUGCGCUUUUGUACGCAAAUACUGUACCGACGACGAUGCCGGGCUCGUCCCUUAUAUCGAGCUCUAUUAUUGCGUUUUCGGCAACGUACGGCCUAUCGCAUUCAGCAUUCUCGUCGUCUGGCUUGGCCUCCUAUUUACCACAAUUGGAAUUGCUGCAAGUGAUUUCUUCAGCGUCAACUUGAGCACAAUCGCUACUGUUCUUGGUCUUAGCGAGAGUCUAGCAGGUGUCACAUUCCUAGCAUUCGGCAAUGGGUCUCCCGACGUAUUCAGCACUUUUGCUGCGAUGGGCUCCAACAGUGCCAGCAUGGCCGUGGGUGAGCUGAUAGGAGCUGCAAGUUUCAUCACUGGUGUUGUUGCUGGGUCUAUGGCUCUCGUGAGGGAGUUCCGUGUCGAUCGAAAAACAUACACCCGUGAUAUUUGCUUCUUUAUUUUUGCCGUUGUUUUUACAAUGAUUUUCUUGGCCGAUGGUCAUUUACACUUCUGGGAGUGCUGGGCCAUGAUAGGCUACUAUGCAGUGUAUGUUGUCACCGUUGUAACAUGGCACUGGUAUUCGACAAGGCGCAAAGCCAGGCAGCGCCGAGAAGGAGAAGCGCGCAGUCAUGUAUAUCAUCCCGGGGAUGAGCUCGCUGGCGAGCCGUAUCGAGAUGAUGUAGACGACGUUGGUUCAGCUCCUGACACUGCUCUUUCUACUCCACCCGAUAUUUCACUUCUUGAGACGGGACCUAGGAUUGAAGUGGAGGGCACACCGCAGCCAAGUGAGAGCGACACAUCAAGCGAGGACCAUGAUCGUAUGGUUGCAGCAGAGGUUGCCAGCAGCAUGCGAGUAUUGCGUGGCCGUGGAACCAGGAGAAACACAAUGACCCCUAUUCGGCCCAGUCUAGUCGGAGCGCUCGAAUUUCGAUCUGCGCUGGCACAGCUGCAGCGCGAGGGUAACUUGCAACUGUCAACAAUCCCGGGAAGAAGUUACUCGGAUUAUCACAUCCACAGGCGAAGACAAACCACAGCCACCAUCUCGGACUCGGCUCGUUCAGACGGCCAACAGGCUUCAAGCCAUGACGAACAUGCGCCGAAAAGGAACAGAGCACUUUCUUCAGGAGAUCAGCCUGUGGGGACAGCCGCUCACCCCGAUCUCCGUAUCCCGAGUCGUGACAGAGGUGAAGGCAGCCUGUCAGUUCCCGGCUCUACAGCCAGCGGAACAAGAGCAUCAAGCCCGAGCCCAUCACACACUGUUGGGGGAAAUCUGGCCGCGCCACUCGUCGGUCCUAGUGGGACCACCUUUGAUGCCCCCAGCGAAAGCACAAGAGGACAAAUACCCACUCCUGAACUUCACCUGCAAAUCCCGAGCCCGAGCCGUCGCAGCUCCUGUAGCGAUCGAUCUUCGCCAAAUCAACCUUUCCCUAUGUACACAGACUCGCCAGCGCUGCUCACACCGAACUAUCACAACGACCCAAUCGAGUUCGUGUCACCAGGAGGUGUAUCGCCCAGUACCGUAGUGCCGGGUCAAGCAGGCCGUGAAACACCAUUUGCUGAUUUGCAGCUGACGCUUGGCGUACCAUCACGCCCUGUCAGGUGGUGGCCAUAUGCUGUGCUACCGCCUCCUCACAUAUUGUUGGCAACCUUGUUUCCUACAUUGCAAGGCUGGAAUGAAAAGGCAGCAUGGGACAAGUUUGUUAGUGCGAUAUCUGUCCCCAGUAUCUUUCUUCUGGUAAUCACCUUGCCAGUGGUAGACUCAGCGACAACAGAUGACGAGUCCUCACUUCUCGAGACGAUUGUUGACUUUACUAGCCAUCAUCACGAUCAUCAUCACGGAAUUGGGCAUAUGGCCCCGCCCGUGUCGGUCGAACACUCGUCAAUCGAGCCGGAAGGAGAGACAGAGUGGGAACGUUAUCGCAGACGCUCCCAUGUAAACCGGAGUAGCAGUCAUGUAGGAUCUGCUGUUCCGCCUUCCUCAGCACAUGCCGCUGGAGGGGAGUAUUCGACCGUUUCGCAACUAUCUCUGGGGCCACCAGCCAUCGUGACCAAGCCUGCUUCGGAUUUCCCUUCUUCUAGCAGUGCCAAAGGUGACUGCACAGGCUGGAAUCGGUGGCUCGUGGCACUUCAGCUUUUCACCGGACCUCAGUUUGCAGUUUUGGUUCUAUGGGCCAAUACUUUGGACGAAGGGGAAAAUUCUCAUAGGCUCCUGAUCCGGAUGGUCCUCUACAGCCUCCUCGCGUCACUCAUCCUCCUUGGAGGCUUGAUUGUUUUCACAUCAGAGGAUAGGCCACCUCGUUAUCAUUAUAUGCUUUGCUUCAUGGGGUUCAUUAUUAGUAUUGCUUGGAUCUCGACCAUUGCAGGCGAGGUCGUUGGGGUUCUCAAGACAGUCGGCGUUAUUCUGAAUAUUUCGGAAGCACUGCUGGGUCUUACAAUUUUCGCUGCCGGCAACAGCGUAGGAGAUUUGGUUGCCGACAUUACGGUGGCACGACUGGGAUACCCCGUUAUGGCCUUGUCUGCUUGUUUUGGUGGCCCAAUGCUGAACAUAUUGCUCGGUAUCGGUAUUGGAGGUGUCAUGAUGAUGGUCAGGAAAGCAAACAAGAAGCAUCACAAAAACCCUUCCCUCCCCAUUAAGUACAAGCCUUACCGUAUUCAAGUCAACGGAACGUUGAUGAUCUCAGCCAUAACGUUGUUGGUUACCUUGGUAGGGCUGUUGAUUAUUGUACCCAUGAAUAAAUGGAUCUUGAGCCGCAAGAUCGGAUGGGGACUGAUUACACUCUGGGCAGUGAGUACAGUCGUAAAUGUUAUCAUCGAGGUUACUGGAGCUUGGGGCGAGAUGGCAUAA